UUGCCAUGGCACUACCAGAUUUUCUGCUUUUUAACCCCCCGACCUUCCACCCUCCUUCCACUCAAUCCUCUCUUCUUCCUCUCUUUCUCUCUCUGCUUUCCUUUUCAACUAUUCCUUUGCUUUUUUUGCUCUGUGAUUUUUGCCAUGAAGAUCGCUCAGAUCAACCCAAAAAACAUCAAUCUCAACCCCAAACGCCUCUUUGGGUCCAAGAAGAGCCGGUCCUCCCCGUCCAGGGAGGACCCAUCUUCGUUCGGCUCCGUUGCGUCGUCGUCUUCUUCCUCCAGUUCCGACGCCUCCACGUCAAACGAAAAGCCACGUUCAGGCCGCGGGGUUGCGGAUCGCGGGACACCGAGGAGCGUUUUGCCCGGAGCGUCGGGUGACUGGUCCGAUUCCUCGGCCGAUAUCCAGUCGGAACCGGUGCAAGCGAUGGAGCAUGGAGUGGUGACGAGGAAAGAGCUGGAGGCUCUUCUGAGCCGGCUCGGGGUGGAGCCUCCUAGCGAGGAGGAGCUGAUGAUGGUGCUGAGAGAGGUGGGUGGGGACGGCGAGGGAUGCAUAAGCCUCGAGGCGCUGCUGAGCCGGGUGGGCUCAGGCUGCGACUCAGAGCUGCGCGAGGCCUUCAACUUCUUCGACGCGGACCACGACGGUCGGAUCACAGCCGAGGAGCUCUUGGGGGUCUUCACGGCCAUUGGCGACGAACGGUGCUCGUUAGAGGACUGCAGGCGCAUGAUAGCCGGGGUGGACAAGAACGGAGACGGGUUCGUGUGCUUCGAGGAUUUCUCUCGUAUGAUGGGGCUGCAGAGAUGAUCUCUGAUCAAGUGAUGAUGUGGCUCCUGAUGAUUAAAAAAAAGCAACUGAAGUCCUUUGUGUUCUACUACUUUCCUUUUUCUUUUGGACUUUAGGGGGAUUUGGUUGUGUGGUUUUCACUUUUCUAGGGGUGAGAUCUGUAAGGAAAUUGAAGCAUGAAGAUGGCAAUUUCUGGAUCAAUCGGACGGCUAUUAUUGUUUAGUUGAGCAGUCGUGUUGCACUUUACGUAUAUAUGUAUGAGGAAAAAAAAAAAAGAUCGAAUGAAAUCGUCUUCACCAUA